AUGCUCACUUUCUGCCCGGAAUGCGGAUGUGUGAUGCAAAUUGAAAACGGCGAGGAAUGUAUGCGAUUCUCGUGUCCCGCGUGUCCAUACGUCUGCCCCGUCACGCACACGGUCAGCAGCAGAAUCUAUCCGAAACUCAAAGACAUUGACGACGUGCUCGGCGGUCCGGGAGCCUGGGAGAAUGCCCAAGUGACCGACGGUAAACAGCGGCCUUCCAUUGAACGUGCGCAAUCCGUGCCAUUUUCAGAACGGUGUCCGCUGUGCUCGCACGAACGAGCCUACUUCAUGCAGCUGCAGACGAGGUCCGCCGACGAACCGAUGACCAUCUUCUACCGAUGCGCAGACAACGCUUGCGCCCAUCGAUGGAAGGAAUGA